GCUACGCGAUAGGCAGAGUUGACGUGUAAACUCAGGGUGGGGAGGAUCAUAAUGCCUUCGCCCAUGCAAAAUAAAAGGGCUAGUCUGGUGUGUACAGAAGAAAGUCGAGUGCUGCGCGCAGAAACAAGGUGAGCCAUCAUGGCUGCUGUUUACACGGUAAACGGAGGUCGUAUUGAGACAAACGUAGAAGAAUUAUCCGUUGAAAACAAGCAGCCGGGUGUCAAGAAGACCGUUGUCUCCCCACUACCCAUGAAUUCCAAAAUUAUUAAAGUGGAACAGUCAAGCGAGGACGAAGAUUCAAGCAACGCCGAACCAACACCAACCAAGCGUCGCCCCGAAACUGCAGUGAUGGACGCUGCCCCAGCCAUAGCAAUCAAAGAAGAACGCAUCGAGGAAGACGAAUAUGUCCAAAUAAAGUUAGUCGAUGUCGACGAGAGUUUGGAGAGAACCCCAAACAAGGAGUCUGACAGAGACAAUGAAAGUGUAGACGGGGAUUGGCUUUUCCGCUGUGUGGAUUGCGGUGAAGCCUUUGGUCAGAGGGAGGCCUACCUGGAGCACCAACGUGAACAUAUCCACGAUGGCCCUAUAGUCUGCCUGGACUCGGAUGCGCAGUGGGAUGAUCUGCUGGUCUCUGAGGAUGGGGGCCGCCGAACAUUGUGCUGCGCCAUUUGUGGCCGAAGGUUCUCCAGUUCAAGGGGCUUUUUCACUCACCAACUUAAGCACCGCAACCAAGCCCUCAAACAGGAACCGGGGGCCGAAGUAGCAGUGCCAAAGCAACGUCUUUUUGAAUGCGAAUACUGUGGCAAAACCUACUCCUCAAUCGGCCUCUGCCUCAACCAUCAACGUUCACACAAACAGGCCUCCAAGUCUGUUUUCCACCAGUUGGCUCACCUCAAAAAAAAGUCAUUUCAGUGCCCUACUUGUGGCCGCUCUUACUCACGUGCUUCGGCUCUUGACGCUCACCGUCGUUGCCAUGAAGUCAAACUGAUCAAGUCCCGCAACAGUGGUGCAGAGAAGCCUCUUUCCACUCCUGAGCCCGUGGUUGAAAACGGAGACGUGGCAAUCGUGGAAGACAAAAAGCACAAACUGCUCUAUGAGUGUCGCGAGUGUGGACGAGCGUUCAGCACCACCACUGGCUUGAGUACACACCAGCGCUUCACCUCGCAUUCCAAAUGCUCGGAAGUAAAGCUGAAGGAAGACGCGAAGAAGUCAUUUAGUUGUUCCGAAUGUGACAAGAGCUUUCUGACAAGUACUGCUCUUGCCAUCCAUCAGCGUUGGCAUAUCAGGCGGGCCAAAAUCGGCAACAGUGGACAAUCUUUUUCGUGUGAGGAAUGCGGGAAGAUCUUCACCUCUCUUACCUUUUACGAAAAGCACCAGCGGGUGGUGCACAGUGGAGAGACACCAGCGAAGUCCUUUUUGCAUCAGGUAUGCCAGCUGAAGAAGAAGGCAUUUGAGUGUCAAGACUGUGGGCGCCGUUUUUCAAGGGCCACGGCUCUUCAGUCCCAUCAACUUUGCCAUACUGAUGUUUUUGGCAAUGCCACUGAGAAGGCGGCCACGCAGAAACCAGUCACCACCCCAACAUCUUUGUCUCCACCACAGAAAUUGUACUUGUGUGACAAGGUAAAGCCUGAAAGCUUUGCUAUUGGAGCCCUGGUCUAUUCCCAGGAAACCCCUCAAGCUAAUCAGGUUAGCGAAGACCUUGGCUAUAAUGAAGCUGAUGACCACGCAGUAGUGGAUGAGAAUGAAAUUGAUGAUUUAAUUGUGGAAGUUGUAAGCAUAAGUGGAUCAGAUGACUCCUUCAGAGAAAAUGAGCCAGAGCCAGAGCCAGUGUCUGAGUCAAAAACUGAGCCUGAGAUGGAGUGUGAUUCACACCAGGAAGCAAAGAAAGGAAAGGUUCCCCUGAGCCUUUUGGAUGAGGCACCUCCUCCUUUGAAAUCAAAGGCAGGUGCUGAUCUAGAAAUGGACUAUGAGGCAAAACAAGUUGAGAGUGAGAGAAACCCACCACAAAAGACAAGCUUUGAUUGCCCAGAGUGUGGUCGGAGGUUCUCCAGUGCUAGUGCUAUACGCUGUCACAGGUUGUGGCAUAGAGGACCAAUGGGACGGGCUGCAAGUAUCAAAACCUGGAAGCGGAAUGCUCCCACACAGGCUUAUUUGGAAAAUGGUCUUUACAAAUGCAAUGAGUGCGGCAAGGAGAGUACCACACUUAACUCGCAUUACAACCACAUGAGGCAGCAUGAAGAUCCAAAACCUUAUAAAUCUUUGUCAUACCAACUCGCAGGGCUGCAGAAGAAGAACUUCAAAUGUGAAGUGUGUGGAUUGCGUUUCUCUCGAGCAUCUGCUUUGCAGUCUCACCAGCAGCACCACGCAAAGCAAGUGAGAAUAGAAAGAACACACAAGUGUGCACAUUGUGAGAAGUCAUACUCUAGUUAUGGUGCUCUUUACAACCACCGCAAAGCUUGCCAUUCUGUUGAGGACAAAAGCGAUACAGCAGUCAGCAUUAAGAAGGAAGUGUUCAAUCCUAGGAAGACACUGCUUGGUCCGAAGGUUUACCACUGUGAGCAGUGUGGGAAGGGUUUUUGGUCAUUUGGCGCAUUCUCUCAGCACAAGCAAAAUCAACAUUGCACAGAAGUCAAGGAAAACAAUGACACAUCUGAACCACUUACCUCUGUCAAUGGCCACACCCGUUCCAUUAGUAAGAGGGCUACCUGCCCCAUUUGUCGCAAGAGGUUUCGUCAUAGAGGGAUUUUGGCUUGUCACAUGAAGCGACAUCGCUCUGUGCCACAAAUGAACCACACGUGUAAGGUAUGUGGGAAGUCCUAUCGCAUGCUCACCUGUUUCCUCAAGCACCAACAGGUGCAUGACUCUGAAGGCAUCCCACCCCCGGUGAAGUCUUUUGAACAACAAAUAGAGCAGCUGGAAAAGAAUACAUACAGCUGCCCAGAUUGUGGAAAAAGAUUCUCCCGUGCUAUGGCCCUCCAGUUCCAUAUGAGGAGCCAUGGUUAUGAGACUGGAUACCCAUUUUCCUCAUUGUCAAAUUCUGAUGCUCAAGUAUUCAAGUGUUCCUUUUGUCCUGCUCUUUUCUCUGUUGACACGGAAUUGCAAGAUCACCUCAGCAAAAAACACAGUGGUUGCCUCAGUGAGGUCACAGAACAAACCAGUGAGCUUGCACAGGGUGUAUCCAACGACUCAUUAAAGUCUGUUUCUGAUGCUCCAAAAAGGUCCUUAGAUUGUGGGAAAUACCAAUGCAAAGAGUGUGGGAGAAGGUUCUCUGUAAUUGGAGCUCUGAAUUUCCAUAAGAGAAUUCAUCGUAAGAGUCAGACUGCUGUAGACGUUUCAAGCUCCUCAGUCUCCGUAGUUCAGGAGACGAAAUGUAAAGAGGAGGGCAUUGAAAGUAAAGGUCUGUACAUUUGUCCAGAAUGUGGCAGGAGCUUUGGCACCAACUCGGCUCUGGGGACGCACAGACGGUGGCACACUGAUAAGAAGUUUGCAAGCACUUUAUCAACUGAUACGUCUACCUCCAGGAAGGACAAGACUGUGAAUGAGGGGCCUUAUCGCUGCAACAUAUGCAGGAAAGGAUUCUUCUACUAUUGUGUUCUUCGACGACACCAAAUGCAUCACCCAGAAUCUGAAGCCCAGACACAGCCUGAGUCUUCACUUGAGUCCACUCAGGUGUCCAGAAGCAAUCCUUCAAGCAAGAUAUCCUGUCCAAAAUGUGAGAGAAGUUUCCCCCGUGCCUCCAUCUUGGCUACACACUACCAGACUCACCAUGCCAAUGUCUCUGACUGUGACCAGUGUAACCUGAGCUUCUCUUCAGAGAAUGAUAUGCUGAAGCAUCGUUCCCAGGUUCAUUCUGGUGAAGAAUGUGCCCAAAUUGGGGAACCAGUCUCAGAGAAGCCAGCAUCUGCAACCUCAAAGAAGGUUAAGCUAAAGCUUCACGGUUGCCCUGACUGUGGUAAACGUUUCUACAAGGUUAGAGGAUUACGGGCACAUCGAUGGCAGAUGCAUCGCAAAAGCCGAAAGACUGCGAGCUCUAAAACGGCAUCCAAGUCCUUCAUUUGCACUGGAUGUGAGAAGCGAUACAGUUCUCAGGGGGCACUCUAUAAUCACAGGAAAGUCUGUGUAGUGACAGAGAGGAAAUUAAAAUCUGUUGAGGCGGAGGUGCAGGACCCCGUACCACCACCUAAACUCCCUGAACACACGUAUAAAUGGCUCUUUAAAUGUCAUAAGUGUGGCAAAGCUUUCCCCAGUCUUGAAAGACUAGAAGCUCAUAAAGACAUAGCCAAAAGCCGGCCAUUUUGUUGUGCGCUGUGCUGCCGUGGCUAUUGGACGGAGACGCAGCUCCAACAGCAUCUUGUCUGGCAUGAUGAGGUCCGUCGACGCCUUCCAGCUGACCUACGAUAUAGGCUCAGCACAUUUUCAGCACCCACUGAGGUCGGUCCUAAAUCUGAGGACUGUGUCACCCAGUAUACCCAAGAUCAGACUACUGCAGCCACCACUGGUACUCCGUCACGUGUGCAUUACAAGUGCCCGCACUGUGAAGAGACGUUUCUAAAUUUCCUUGCCCUACAGCAGCACCAGACCGUACACAGCAUGGAUGACCCCUACCGCUGUUCUUUGUGUCCCCGAACCUUUAGCCAGAUCCAUGAGCUCAUUGACCAUCACCAGGAAUGUAUGAGUGAGAAAAAAGAGCGGAAUGAGAAUGGAGGGGACUCGAUCUUGGUAGAUCGAGCAAGAGACGGCGAUGGCCUGACUUGCAUUGACUGUGGAAUCACAUUUAGUCGAGAGGUGGAGCUUCACCAGCACUACAUUGCGCAUGCUAGUGGUCAAUACUGAGUUAUUUGUGUGACUUGAACCUAAAACCUAGCAUGCAAACUCUCAGAAUACACCUUUUUGGAAACUGCAGUGAGGGUGUGGUCUGGGUACAUUCAGUUAUUUAACCUGAGGAAGUCUUAACACUGACUUUCCACUGGGGAAUUUGUGUGUGCUUGAGCAUUAGUUCUCAUUAAACUCUAACCGCACUGUGGCCCAAGCAAUGUCUCACUUGUUUAUGUAUUUUCAUAGUUUUUGCCUUGUUUAUGUAUUUUCAUAAUUUUUGCCAGAGAAAGUUGAUCUAGAGACUUGCUAGCAAUUGACUGAUUCUGGCACACAACAAAUCAUGGCAGUGGUGGGAAAUUUUUUUCUAACAAGUAUGCAACGAUGCAAAAUAGGGCGGAUGUUCUUGAAUCUUAAAUACCUUCUUCAGGUCAUAGUAAAAUAACCUUUUCUCUUUUCUCAGGCUCUCGUUUGAACUGGACUUAUGCCUAAAUCCAAUUGCUAAAACAAACGUUUGUUCAUGUAUACAGGUGCCCUCCAGAAAGUUAGCUGCAAAUCUUUAUUCCUAAUAUUUUUUAAGUAUUAAAAAAUAGUUUAAACCUUUGUCUUUAUUAAUAUGAAACUGGUGCUCCAUAUUUUUUGUUUGUAAAUGGUCGUCAACCUGCAUUAAGUAGACAUGUUUCUGUUAAGCACACAAUUCUGAAAAUGUAAUUCUAUUGUAAAGGACAUGAGCGAGGGAGAGGAGUCCUGAGGUUGAGACUCACUACACUACCUGUCUUUAAAAAGAGCUCAUUAAAAUUGGAUGCACUUCUUUAUUUUACAGUUUGUAAUUUAAAUCUUGACAGGAAGCAAGGAGAUCUGUGCAGAGAAAGGUACUAGUGUUUACAAAGGGUGUGUUGUAGGUGGUUAUUUGGAUCGGAGUGCAAUGAUCUUUUAGCAAGUAUUCAGUUUGCCCAUCACAUCUGGAUUUACAGUGAUCUGCGCACUAAGUGUCGUCUUCAAGCCCGUUGUUACUAGCAUGACGUCAUGGAUCAGCCCUUCAUGUGGUUAUGACUGACAAUUCACUCUUGGUUUGAUUAUGAAUACUGGUUAUACCUUUUCUGUGUACACUUAAUUGAAAACUGAUAUUACUAAGUGGUAUUGUAUGCAUUUUUCUAUAACAACAGAAACUUGAAAGUUAUCAGUAAAUGUAAUACCAAAGUUCAUAGUACAUUUGAAUCUGAUUUUGCAUAUAUUAUGUUGUAUUGUGUGAAUAGCUUAAACAUUUAGCAAUUUGUGGUCUAAAAAUAAAGUAGUUUAGAUCCUAAAAAUAAAAUUCUUAAACUAUGUUCUCUGUCCCAACUUUUGACUACACCCUUGCAGGUGUUUAAAAAACUUCUUUGUAUGUGUGCGUUCCAUAAUUUACUGCUAAUGUUUGUUUUUUUAGUUUUGAUUUUCUUUUCUUUUCUGUCACAUAAUUGAAGUUUCUUUUAAAGUAUGUUCAGUCUGUAUAUACCUUAGAAUUAUUUAUACAAGCACAGCCAAGAAUGUAGUCUUCAAAAUCAGGAAGUAUUUAAUUCUAAAUAUGUAGAUGUUCUGGUUGAAAAUUUGUGCUUUUAAAUAUAUGUCUAAACCAUUUUCCAGUCUGAUCUUCUUAUGAUAGUCAACUUUAUAUAUUUCUAGAAGGUGGCAUAUAGUUGCAAGCCUUUUUUCUCCAAUUGAGCAUAAAAUCUAUGUUAUGAAAGGUACCAUUACAGUGGUUAGUUAGUCCUGGUCCUUAAGAAUUCCAUGUCUGAAUAGUCAUACAGCCAGAACUUAAAGGCUGCCGUAUUUUUGUUUGUCUUGGUGUUGAUUGGUAACUGAAUACAGGGCCUCUGCAAAAUUAUACAUGUGAUGUUUAAGGGUUUACGCAUUUUUCUCGUAGAAUAUCUAGGACUAUUUACAAGUUGAGUGCAAAAAAAGGGGUGUACAACUUUUAAUACUAGAUCCGUAACUAGGGACAGGGAUAUACUUACGGUUUUCACUUUUUCUGUCAAUGACAGAUCAUAGGAGUUGCCUUGCCGAAUGUAAAUGACAAAUGGUCAUGUUACUGCCACUGCAGCCCAUACAGCCACAGUUGUUCUUUUACAAUUAUGACAAACCCAAAAUAGGAACAAAUGUAAACCGUGAUCAAGAGGUUGUCUGUGUGGUGAAUGACUGCUGGCUGUUGUCGGUCCGGACACAGCUGUGUUAGCCAGUCCUCCAUUUUGUUUUUGUUUCAGAUCUUCACACUGGCACCGGAAACUGUAGACCUACGUAAUUCUACCUAUUCAUAUUCUGCACUGUAAAUGUUUAUUGAUCUUUGCAAUCUGGUUUAGAUGAUUCAGUAAAUAUUGAGAUGAUAAUGGAUGAUACAGUAAACACAACAUGUUCCUUCAGUAGAGUUUCAUUAAUGCCUGUAAAAUGUUGGACACUGUAGUAGGUAUCAAUGUCUACACAGAAUUGUUUACAGAUAAGCUGUUCUGUUUACAUUUGGAACAAGCUUCUGAAAGUGUAUUUGCAAUUCCCUCCACAGCAUUCUGAAAUUAAAGUAAAUGUGGCAAACUACUUGUUUAUGCGUGGUAGCUAAGGCAGGUAGGACAAGUUUCGUAUACACAUUUCUGAAAACUUUGUAACAUUUGAAGCUAUGUUUUAGCCCUUAGUUACAUUUGCUUUGCAAUGAAAGUCCACUUACGGGUUGUGUUUGGAUCCCUAAAUAAACAUUCUUAACUUGAA